AUGGCGAGCAGUGCUUGUAAUGGAGGAGGAGGGGGAGGAGGAGGGGAAGAAGAUGUGAAUAAAUUAGCAGCACAGCUCAGCAAAACCCUAAAAGAAGGAGAGAGAAUUCUCGCCCCAACCAGAAGACCAGACGGGACUCUUCGAAAGCCUAUUCGAAUUAGGGCUGGCUAUGUCCCUCAAGAUGAAGUAGCCAUUUACCAGUCCAAAGGCGCUCUGUGGAAGAAAGAGAUGGCGGCGUCGCAAGAUGUGCCUCCGGGUUACGAUCCGGUGGUGGAUGUCAAGCCUAUGACCAAAUCUGCUAAAAGGAAUGAAAGAAAGAAGGAAAAGCGUCUACAGGUGAAUUUUUCACUUUAUGAUUAA